GCCAGCGAGAGCACAGGCGCCUCCACUGAGUCUCAGGUGCACGAUACGAAUCAGGAAGCCCGCUGGGAGAUUAUGCCAAAACCGAAUUAAGAGGCUUCAAAUAUGGCAGAAGAUGUUCGGUAUUGCGCGAGGUGCUCCUACGUCUUCCUCAAGAUCACUUUAGUUGUGUAUUCCACGGUUUUCUGGCUCAUAGGUGGCUUUGUUUUUGCCGCUGGCAUUUAUGCAGAAGUGGAGCGGCAGCGCUACAAAACUCUGGAGGGGGUCUUCCUCGCCCCAGCCAUCAUGCUCAUAGUGCUGGGGUUGAUCAUGUUUGCUGUGUCCUUCAUCGGUGUGCUGGCAUCACUCAGAGACAACCUGACUCUCCUCAAAGUGUUCCUGUACACCCUGGCUUUGUGUCUCAUUUUGGAGCUCCUGGGUGGAAUUGUUGCACUGAUUUUCAGGAACCAGACGGUGGACCUUCUUAACGAUAAUGUUCGUAAAGGCAUGAUGAAUUACUAUGAUGAUCUAGAUUUCAAAAACAUCAUGGACUUUGUUCAAAGAAAGUUCAAAUGUUGUGGGGGCAUGGAAUACACAGACUGGACGGUGAACAUGUACCACAACUGCUCAGCGCCUGGACCUCUGGCUUGUGGAGUGCCUUACACCUGUUGCGACAGCAAGCCCAGUGAGGUUGUGAAUACACUAUGUGGAUACAAAGCGCUUACCAAAGAGAAAUAUAGAAUCAUGGAUGAAGUUUAUGUGCGUGGUUGCACUGAUGCUGUCUUCAUUUGGUUAAUGGAUAACUACAAAAUUAUGGCUGGGCUGCUUCUAGGUAUCUUACUUCCUCAGUUUUUUGGGGUGAUUGUGACCUGGCUGUAUAUCACUCGUGUGGAGGAUGCCAUCGAGGAGUAUGGGGUCUACCAGAGCAGCCUCAUUGAAAAUGAGCCACGGCAAACCAAGAAACGGGGCAAGGUGGCAAAGUGGUACAAGUGCAUGCCUGUGAUUGACUGACCUCAGAUAGAAACUGACCUCAGAGACUCUGUUUCUAUGCUGAACCAAAGAAAAUCACCCCAUAGUACAUGACUCCAUCCACCAUGUGGUAGACGUAUGAAUAGUGUUACUUUUUUUUUUUUUACAAAGCACAGUUUCAUUCAUAAAUACAUGGUAGAUACAAUCUUUGAGGUUCCUCUGACCACCAGUAACAGUUUACAGUGGGGGAAAAACAACAUUUAUUUUCCUUAAGACUGCAGUGCACUGAAGUUGUCUUUUUGAAAGUGUACUUAAAAUAUUACCGAAUAUACUUUUAUGAUGAUGGAUAAAUAAAGAAAGUAUGACUAUUAUACAGUGCCAUAAUUCAACAAUGACAUGGACAGUAGCCCUUAUCCAUCAAAGUGGCGUACGGUCAAGUCUGGUCGUAAAAUGACAGUUUUGUUAUUCAUCAGUUUCAUCUUUUGUGUAUCUGUACAAUCAAAAUCACAUCUGGUAGGAGUGCAUGUACAUUUGUACGUAAUAUUUUACAACCUGAAAAAAACCAAAUCAAUAUCAUCUAUAAUGGCAAUAAUUGCAAUAAUACAGUUCUUAUUUUACAUGCACAUUGAUAAAUACAUCUGUUCCACAUUCUUUUUUAAGACAUUUUACACUGUACCAUUGUUUUUUUUACUACUGACACAACCCAAAAAAAUAAAUGUACCUACCAAAACAUCUGCAUGCUUCAUGUAAAUGAUAUGUAAAUUAGGUGCUGAUAGGCAUGAUAGGGCUUGGGUUCAUGCACCAAAGCUGAUUCAUCAGUUGUGCUCAAAUCUCCACUCAUUUCCACGUUGUACAAAAGUUACAAGAAUCAGACACAGAGAUAUUUAUACAUCAUUAAAGGUGGUCAAAUCUACGCUCCCUUUUAAUUAUGAUGAAUAUGGGCCAAUGACCCAAUGUACUAUUUUGAUAUUAAUAUUAUUUCUAUUUUUGUUUUUUUAUUAUGUUCACUUUUGCAAAUAUUCCUCAUAACUCUAUACAUUUUAUACAUUUUCUGCACAAAUCCAGGGGUGCCUUUAUAUAACAAAUGGGUUUUUAAGUUUUGCUUCUCAGGGGAAUGUUUUUGAAGUGUGGUAUACUGAGUUCAGUUUUCAAAGGCUAGAAAUACUUGCUGAGUGCUGUAUCUGUAUCUUGCAUAAUCCGUCUAGUGUGAAGCAGCUGCUUUGGGUGCUAAAGCUCUAAAGGGAAGAACUACCACCCUAAUUCCCUGCAUUAAAGACUCUACAUCCAAGGUCAAACCUCAACUAAAAGUAAUAGUGCUUUACCUUUCUUAAUGAAACAUGGAAUUCAGUUUGGCAAAGUUUGUUGAGAAUAAUUAUCAUAAUAAUUUAGUUUCACACGGUUAAUCAAGUGUAAUGAUCUGGUUAUAUUUAUGUGAAGGCUUUUACAGUGUAAGUGCCUCUACAUUAAUUCCCAUCAAUUCUUCCCAGGGCAGCUAGCAUACCUGCCUAUUACCUAUGAUUUUGUCAUUGUUGCUUUUUCCUCUUCUCUGUUUUUUGUUGCAGUUUCUAUUGAGUUUGUCCUCCAUCUUGAGUCAGAAUGGAGUCUGUUUCUUUCAGCCUGCAUGAAGGGAAAUGUGCACAAAACCACAGAUCAGGGCCUUGUAUUUCUCAGUGGCAGUGCUGAUGUUUCUCAGGCAUCUUUAAAUAUAAAAAUACAUCUAAUCACAUCUUGCGGUUGUGUUGUGAAGGCACAGACCUCAAACCUGGUCAUUUACAGAGGAUACAUGACUUUUUCGUUGACGGUGUAUAUUAGAUUAUUUGACACGACCGCUGGAAACCUAGCUAUACAUAAAAUGCAUUACUGCUCAGCAAAUAUAAUUGUCUUUUAUGAAAAAUAUAUAAAGCAUGGCUCUGAGUUUUAAUGUUUUGCAGACUUGUAUAUAAAAGGUUAAAUUGAGGAUUGAUGUACUGAUGUACUGUCUUUCUGGAGGCCUGAACAGUCUUCUGUAUUUGUGGACUGGGUUUUUAUUCAUUUUUAAUCUGUGCUGUAUGUAUAGACUUUUCAAAUGAUUGUACAUGAUGCAACCCUGCCGCAUGAAUCGCAGCAUGCAGAAUGAAUGAAUGAAUAAAUUAUGU